CUUGUCUAUUAUCUUUCUGCUUUUAUACAAUCAUCAUCUCUGACCACGCCUUCAUCAUCAUCACUGUCUCCCUCUAGUUUCUCUCUCAUCAAGACCCUCCAUUUCAGCCCUUUUUAUAGCUCACAACAACGUCAUUGUCAUGACCUUCCUUUUCUCGAUUACACUAAUCAAUUUGUCACCCACAAAAAAAUGACCCAUUUGUACCAAUCCCAUCUUCAUCUUUUUUUUUUUUCCUUCUUGUUCUUCCAUUACAUUUGUCCUCUCAUGAGUCGUCGUAAUCCGAAUCAACACUUCUUGCGUAGUCUUGAACUCUUCAUGGGGUUGCACUGGUGUCUCUGGUUUGGGUUCUUACUGUUCUGUGGCAUUGGCAAAGUCGCAUUAUGUGAUCAAGAUGGUUUUUUGAGUUUAUCAUGUGGUGGAACUUCAAACUUUAUUGAUUCUUCUAAUAUUGCAUGGGAAUCUGAUGAUACUUAUGUUAGUGGUGGCAACACAACUACAGUCGGUUCCAUUGAGGGUACCUCCUCAUCUCAUCUUCCCGUACGAUUCUUCCCGGAUUCCCAAGGUCGACAUUGUUAUAGGCUACCUGUAAAGAAUGUGUCAUCCUUGGUUCUUGUUAGAGCCCAAUUUGUGUAUAGGAAUUAUGACGGACUUGGGAAACCACCAGCAUUCUCUGUUUCUCUUGGGACAGCUAUUACCACUACGGUAAACCUUACUACUUCUGAUCCACGGACCGAGGAGUUCAUAUGGCCAGCCAAUAAGGACGUUGUGCCUUUGUGUUUUCUAUCAAUCCCGGAUGGAGGAUUUCCUGUUAUUUCUUCUAUCGAAGUCCGGCCUCUUCCUCAAGCAUCUUACAGAAGUGGAAUGGGAGAUCUCCAAAAUAAGUCACUUAGGAAGUCUUACAGAAUCAAUUGUGGUUACACCAAUGGCUCACUGCAAUACCCUUUGGAUCCAUAUGAUCGAAUUUGGGAUGCUGAUGAAGAUUAUGCCCCCUUUCAUCCGUCAACUGCGUUCAAUAUUCAGCUUAGCUUCAAUCUGUCUAGUCUUGAGGAGAGUCCCCCUAUCACUGUUCUUCAAACUGCAAGAGUUUUGGCACGGGCGGGUAAUUUGAUGCAUAACCUCCCUCUUGAUGUUCUAGGAGACUACUAUAUUGUCCUGUAUUUUGCUGGGAUUCUUCCUGUGUCUCCAUCGUUUGAUGUGCUAAUUAAUGGGGAUGUUGUUCAAUCAAACUACACCGUGAAGAUGUCAGAAGUCAGUGCUCUAUUCUUUACCAAAAAGGGGAUCAGGAGCUUGAACAUCACAUUGAAGAACAUCAGCUUCUACCCCCAAGUCAAUGCAAUUGAGGUCUAUGAGAUUGUUGACAUUCCUGUGGAAUCUUCUUCAACUACAGUCUCAGCACUUCAGGUUAUUCAGCAAUCAACCGGUUUAGAUUUGGGGUGGCAAGAUGAUCCAUGUUUACCUUCACCUUGGGAUCAUAUUGGAUGCGAAGGAAGUUUGGUUACUUCUUUGGAGCUUUUUGACAUCAACUUGAGGUCAAUCAGUCCUACAUUUGGUGAUUUACUGGAUCUUAAAGCACUGGUUUUGCACAAUACAUCACUUGCAGGAGAGGUACAAAACUUGGGUAGCCUACAGCAUCUUGAAAAAUUGAAUCUGAGUUUUAAUCAGCUAACAUCCUUUGGUUCGGAUUUGGAAAACUUAAUUAACCUUCAAAUUUUGUAAGUUCAAGUUAUCUCAAAUCUUUAGGGCUAUGUACUUCUGCCGGAAAGUUGAAUUAACAUAAGUGGGAGAAAAAAGAAAAUAUUGUCCUUUAACUUUAAAAUUUUUUUAUUUGUUUUUAUUAUAACUUUUUUAAAAAUGUUAUUUAUUUGUUAUUAUUAAACUAUGCCCAAUAAAAAAGCUCUAAAAGAUUUAUCUUACUUAUUUUUUUUUUCUCUCUCUCAUUUUUUCACUAUUUAUUUAUUUAUUUUUAGAAAUUGUAAAACUUUCUAUAUUCUUGUUUUAACAUUUACCAUUU